UAGCAACAGGCGUUAUUGGCGCAUUUUACAGUAUAACAUGUAAAUGUAAUUUUUAAAUAUGGAAGAAACAGAUUCACAUCAAGACGAAAUGUGCAUCCAGAUAAAUGUCCAGGGGACUGAAAUGCCAGAAGAACACAAUGCAAUUAUGAUGUCUGAAAAUAGGAAGAAACCUAGAAAAAGGAAACGAUCUCAAAAACAAUUGGAACGUUGGAUGAAAUAUCGCGAGAAAAAAUAUAACGAGAAGGUACUGAAGAAAGAAAGCAUUCCCAACGACAAUAAUUCAUCGUCAAAUAUAAACCAAAAGUUUUAUCCAUCUACAGCCCAGAAUAGCCUUGACUUACCUGCACAAAAGGCCAUAUCUGUUGCUAAUAUAUGUUUGCAAACCGCCAUUUCAACUGAAGCAACAAAGACAAUCAUAUCUAAUUUAAGACCAGAAGCCCCGGAGUUUGUGCCUCGUUCAAUGGCUAUAAAAGUUGUUUCAGAGCAUUCAAAUCAAAACAUAGCCGAUGACGGACAGAAAAGUGAAAACAAUAAGGCCAACUUUGUGGACAAUGAUAUGGCAAGCUAUAUUGACGACAAUAUGGUAAGAUAUGUUCAAAGUAAUAUGGCAGUCUAUGUGGACUCCAAUAUGACAAGCUUUAUGGAAAACGAUAUGAUUAGUUCUGUGCACAACGAUAUAACAAGGUCUGUAAAAAACGAAAUGGCAAACAAUGUGGACAACAAUAUGUCAAGCUCUCUGGUCAACGAUAUGAUAAGCAACAUAAACAACGAAAUGGCAGGUUAUGUGGGAAACGAUAUGGCAAGAUCUGUGGACUACAAUAUGACAAGCUCUGUAGGCAACGAUAUGGCAAGUUCUGUGGACAACAAUAUGCCAAGUUCUGUGGAAAACAAUAUGACAAGCUCUGUGGACAGCGAUAUGACAAGUCGUGUGGACAACGAUAUGCCAAGCUCUGUAGAUAACGAUAUGUCAAGCUCUUUAGACAACGAUAUGCCAAGCUCUGUGGACAACGAUAUGCCAAGCUCUGUGGACAACGAUAUGCCAAGCUCUGUAGACAACGAUAUGCCAAGCUCUGUGGACAACGAUAUGACAAGCUCUGUAAACAACGAUAUGCCAAGCCCUGUGGACAACGAUAUGUUAAGUUCUGUAAACAACGAUAUGCCAAGCCCUGUGAACAACGAUAUGCUAAGUUCUGUAAACAACGAUAUGCCAAGCCCUGUGAACAACGAUAUGCCAAGCUCUGUAGACAACGAUAUGCCAAGCUCUGUUGACAUCGAUAUGCCAAGCCCUGUGUACAACGAUAUGACAAGUUCUGUGGACAGCCAUAUAAAAAUUUAUGUAGACAACGAUAUGUCAAGUUGUUUGGACAACAACAUGCCAAGCUCUGUAGAUAACGAUAUGCCAAGCUCUGUGGACAACGGUAUGACAAGCUCUGGAGACAACAAUAUACCAAGCUAUGUAGUUAACGGUAGGACAAGCCCUGUAGGUAACAACAAUGUGCCAAGCCCUGUGGACAACAUUAUGCCAAGCCGUGUGGACAACAUUAUGCCAAGCUCUGUGGACAACGAUUUGCCAAGCUCUGUGGACAACGAUUUGCCAAGCUCUGUGGACAACAAUAUGGCAAGUUCUGUGGACAAUGAUGUGACCAGCUCUCUAGUCUACGAUAGGAUAAUCACUAUAAACAACGAUAUAACAGGUUUUGUGGAAAGCCAUAUGCCAAGCUCUGUGGACAACGAUAUGCCAAAAUCUGUGGACAACGAUAUGACAAGUUCUGUGGAAAACGAUUUGGUAAGCUCUGUGGACAGCGAUAUGACAAGUUCUGUGGAAAACGAUAUGGCAAUCUCUGUUGACAACAAUCUGGCAAGCUCUCUGGUCAUAUUUCUGUUUUAUUAUCUGGAUUGUUAUAUGACAAGCUUUUUGGGAAACUAUAUGGCAAGCCUUGUUGACAACGAGGUGGUAAGCUCACUGGCCAACGAUAUAGCAAGGUCUGUGGACAACAAUAUGGCAAGCUCUCUGUAUAACUAUAUGGCAACUUCUGUGGCCAGCGAUAAAGAAAGCUCUGUGGCAACCAAUAUGACAAGCUCUGUUCGUAAGGAUGAUGCAAAUUCUACUGAUAACGAUAUGGCAAGCUCUUAUGACAACAAUAUGACAAGCUCUCUGGUCUACGAUAUGGAAAGCUCUAUGAACAACGAUAUGGCAAGCUCUCAUGGCGACCAUAAAGCAAUGUAUGCUGGAAACAAUAUUGCAGGCUGUCUGGACAACAGUAUGACAAAUCAUGUAGACUACAAUAUGACAAGCUCUCGGAACAAUGAUACAGUUGGCUCUGUGGACGGUGAUAUGGCAGGUCCCCUAGACAACAAAAUGGCAAACUUUGAUGACAACAAUAUGAUUGGCUCUGUGGAAAACGAUAUUGCAAGUUCUAUUGACGUCAACAUGGGACUCUUUGUUGACAAAAAUAUGACAAUCUUUUUAGAAAACAAUACGAAAAACUGUGUGAAUAACAAUAUGACAAACUCUGUGGACAUCAGUAUGUCAAGCACAUUGGACAACGAAAUGACAAGAUCUGAAGAAAACGAUAUGGCAAGAUCUGUGAACAAAGAUAUGGUAAGCUCUGAAGACAUCGAUAUGACAAGGUCUGUGAACAAAGAUAUGGUAAGCUAUGUUGGCAUCAAUAUGGCUAGAUCUGUGAACAUAGAUAUGGUAAGCUCUGAGGGCAUCGAUAUGGCAAGCUCAUUAGACAACGAUAUGGCGAGACCUGUCAACAAUUAUGUUGUUAGCUCUCCUAACAACGAUAUGGCGAGCUCUCUGGACACCGAUGUUGUAAGCUCUGUUGAAAACAAUACGGCAAUCUUUUCGGACAGCGAUUUGACAGGAUCUGUGGACAACGAUAUUGCAGGCUGCCUUGACAACAAAACGACAGGCUCUGUGGGGAACAAUUGUGCAAGCCUUCUGGAUAGCAUUGUAUUAAACUCCGUUGAAACAGACUGUGGUGUUGACUCUCGUUUAGAGCCUGCCGAAAGUUUUAUUGGUGUUGAGGAUGACGAUACUUUAUCUGGAAUAUUAUCAAUCUACGUUAACAGUGAAUUACAUUGUGCAAUUGAUAAGGAAGCACUCUGUGAGCAAAUUGCUGAAGCUGAGGAAUUCGGAUAUAUGUACUUUUCUUUUUCGAAUUUGUGA